AUGACUACUCAAAAACUAUUUCUUCUUCUUCUUCUCUUCCAUUUUCUGUUGAUUUCUUUGUUUCCAUUGAAGACCACUUCAUCAGCAAGAACACAAGCAGAAGCUCUCAUAAAAUGGAGAAACACCUUGUCAUCAUCUUCUUCAUCUCUCAAUUCAUGGUCCAUCACCAACCUCAACAACCUCUGCAACUGGUCUGCCAUUUCCUGCGACAAUUCAACUCGAAAUAUUGCCAAAAUCAACAUCUCCAAUCUGAACAUAACUGGAUCACUUUCACAAUUCAACUUCUCUUUAUUUGCAAAUAUUACCACCUUUGAUCUCCACGACAAUAACAUCGGUCCUGUCAUACCGGAAGCGAUCAGUAGUCUCUCCAAGCUCACUUACCUGGAUUUGAGCAACAAUUCUUUCAAAGGAAGAAUACCUGUGGAACUUGGCAGAUUGGAAAAUCUUCAGUAUCUGAAUCUUUUUUACAAUAUUUUGAACGGUACUGUUCCGUUUCAGAUAAGUAAUCUUCAAAAUUUGAGGUUCUUGGACCUUGGAGCAAACUCCUUUGAAACUCCUGACUGGUCUGAAUUUUCAGUUUUGCCUUCUUUGAUGCAUAUAAGCUUGUUUUUCAAUAAAUUUACUUCAGGAUUUCCUGGUUUCUUAUUAAAUUGUCCGAAUUUGACUUUUCUUGAUUUAUCAUUAAAUCAGUUCAGUGGUAUGAUACCUGAAUGGGUAUAUACCAAGCUUGAAAAGAUUGAAUAUUUGAAUCUCACUUCAAAUUCAUUCCGAGGUUCGUUGUCAUCGAACAUUUCCAAGCUUUCCAAUCUGAAACAUCUUCGUUUUGCGAAUAAUAAGUUUAGUGGUCCGAUUACAGACAGUAUUAGCUUAUUGUCUGGUGUUGAAAUUGUUGAGUUAUUCAACAAUUCAUUUGUAGGAAAAAUUCCAUCUUCUUUAGGACAACUCAGGAAUUUAGCAUCACUUGAUCUCAGGAUGAAUAUCUUAAAUUCGACAAUUCCGUCCGAGCUUGGCUUUUGUCCUAAUCUCACUUACUUGGCCCUGGACAUGAAUCAGCUUAGUGGGGAUAUACCUUUGUCCUUGUCCAAUCUGAGAAAAUUAGUUGAUCUGGGUCUAUCUAGUAAUUUUUUCACAGGGGCAAUUUCGCCUUAUUUUUUCUCCAAUUGGACUGAUUUGUCCUCUUUGCAGCUUCAAAACAAUCGGUUUUCUGGGCCUAUUCCUUCAGAAAUUGGUGAAAUGACAAAGCUUAAUCUUCUUUUUCUCUAUAAUAACACGUUUUCAGGUUCAAUACCCUUUGAGAUUGGAAAGUUGCAAUUUUUGGUUGCUUUAGACCUGUCAGGAAACCACAUUUCAGGACCGAUUCCUCUGGCACUUUGGAAUCUGACAAACAUUGAAACCGUGAGCCUUUUCUCCAACAAAAUCAAUGGAACCAUUCAUCCUGAUAUUGGAAACCUGACAAUUCUCAAAAAACUUGAUCUCACUGAUAACCAACUUCAAGGAGAGUUGCCAGAUACUAUUUCACUUCUUAGAUCUUUACAAUUCAUUAAUUUGUUCAGUAAUAAUUUCUCUGGUACCAUUCCGAGCGACUUUGGCAAGUAUAGUCCUUCUUUGUCGUAUGCAAGCUUUGCCAACAACAGCUUUGUCGGGGAAUUGCCGCGGGAGAUUUGUAGCGGUUUUGCUCUCAAGCAGUUGACAGUUAAUGAUAACAACUUAACUGGCUCAUUGCCAACCUGCUUGAGGAAUUGCUCAGGAUUAAUAAGAAUCAGACUUGAUGGGAACCGAUUUACGGGAAACAUUACUGAUGCAUUUGGGGUCCAUCCGAAUCUUGCUUUCAUUUCCCUCAGCAAUAAUCAGUUUAUUGGUGAAAUCUCACCUGUUUGGGGAAAGUGUGAAAACCUCACAGAUUUUAGGAUAGAUAGAAAUGGAAUUUCUGGUGAAAUUCCUGCUGACCUUGGAAAUUUAUCCAAAUUGGGUGUUCUACUUCUGGACUCCAAUGAUUUAAGUGGGACGAUUCCCCGUGAAUUGGGAAAUCUAAGCAUGUUAUACUGGUUCAACUCGAGCAACAAUCACUUGACAGGAGUACUCCCUCGGAGUUUGGGAAGUUUAUCAAAGCUUGAAUCUAUGUAUUUAUCUGACAACAAGCUUUCAGGAAAAAUACCAAGUGAGCUUGGAAAUUGUGAGAAGCUGUCAAGCCUGGAUUUGAGUCACAACAAUUUAUCAGGUGAAAUUCCUGAAGAGUUGGGCAACUUAAACUCGUUGCGGUACUUGUUGAAUCUCAGUAGUAAUUCUCUCUCCGGACACAUACCAAUUAACUUGGGCAAGCUUAAAUUAUUGGAAAAUCUCAAUGUCUCGCACAAUAAUCUUUCAGGAAGAAUUCCAACUGCGUUGACCGGUAUAAUUAGUCUGCAUUCUUUUGAUUUCUCCUACAAUGAGUUGACAGGACCAGUCCCAAUUGGCGUGUUCCGAAAUGCAUCUGCCAAAGCUUUUUCUGGAAACUCAGGCUUGUGUGGAGACAUAGAAGGGUUAUCACCUUGUGAUCUGAGGAUUUCUAAUGAAAAAUCCUCAAAAAACAGCAGAAAGGUUCUUAUUAGUGUCAUAGUUCCUGUCUGUAGCUUGUUGGUGUUAGCACUAGUCCUUGCUACAGUUCUGAUAAUUCGUCAGAAAGCGAAACUUCUUGAUGAAGAGAUUAAAGUUUCUGAAAAGCAUAAGAGUUCUGAUCCAAUGAUAUGGGGAAGAGAAGGAAAAUUCACAUUUAGAGACAUUGUUAAGGCCACCGAAGAUUUCAGCGAAAAGUACUGCGUCGGAAAAGGAGGAUUUGGAUGUGUUUAUAAAGUUGUAUUGCCUACAGGUCAAGUUGUUGCAGUCAAGAAACUAAAUAUAUCAGACUCCAUUGACAUUCCAGAAAUUAGUCGCCAGAGUUUCGAGAACGAGAUUCGAGUGUUAACAGAAAUUAGGCAUCGGAACAUUAUCAAGCUUUACGGAUAUUGUUCCAGGAGGGAAUGCUUGUACUUGGUGUAUGAGUAUGUUGAGAAAGGAAGCUUAGGAAAAGUUCUAUAUGGAGUAGAAGGGGAAAUUGAGCUUUACUGGGCUAGAAGGGUGAAGAUUGUGCAAGGAGUGGCUCAUGCCAUAGCCUACUUGCACCAUGAUUGCUCCCCGCCUAUUGUUCAUCGAGACAUAUCGAUGAACAAUAUCUUGCUCGAGUCAGAUUUCGAGCCACGCCUCUCCGAUUUUGGCACAGCAAGACUACUGAAUAAAGACUCAUCCAAUUGGACUGCAGUAGCCGGAUCUUAUGGCUACAUGGCCCCAGAGCUGGCACUUACUAUGCGAGUGACCGACAAAUGCGACAUGUAUAGCUUUGGAGUGGUGGCACUUGAGGUAAUGAUGGGAAGGCAUCCAGGAGAGCUUUUAUCUUCAUUGUCAUCUUUGAAAGCAUCAAUGUCAAGUAAUCCAGAGUUGUUUCUAAAGGAUGUGCUGGACCAGCGGCUUCCACUUCCGACAGGCCGAUUAGCUGAGGAAGUUGUUUUUAUAGUUAAAGUCGCCUUAACAUGUACUCGUACAAAUCCGCAGGAAAGACCUGCCAUGCGCUUUGUGGCACAAGAACUAGCAGCACAAACUCAAGCCUACCUACCUGAGCCUUUGCAUGCUAUAACUCUUAGCAAGUUAGCAGGAUUUCAAAAGUGAAAAAUAGGAUAUAGUUAGUUAUAUAUACGUGGAAGCUUUUCGAGUCUUACAUUUUUCCGUUGCCAUUUCCAGAAACAAUUCUGAAACAAAAAAACACUAAAUUGUUUUGCUGAUU